GCCGAGUCGUCCAACAGCGCACCUCUCGUCGCCGGCUGACUGACUGUGACUAACUGAUUUGACUUUUCCGCUCGACCGCCGUCUUGAAACCGCACGUCGCAGGGCCGAUCAGGUGUUCUAUCGCCGUUUGCUGAAAGACCGGUCGCCAUGGCGCACCGCGAUAAGAAGGACGAAGAGGAUGGCUUGGUCAAUCCCUUUCUCGGCCUCGAGAAGAGCACCGUGCUUCAGGAGGCCCGCGCUUUCAAUGAGAUGCCCAUUCGAGUGUCCAAGUGCCUGAUGAUUCUCACCAAGCUACUCUUCUUGAUCCAUCAGGGCGAUACACUGGGCACGCGUGAGGCCACGGAAACCUUCUUCUCCAUGACCAAGCUGUUCCAGUGCCCUGAUGUGCGGCUGCGCCGCAUGGUCUACUUGACUAUCAAGGCCAUGUCCACCAUUUCUGAGGACGUCAUCAUGGUCACCAGCAGUCUGAUGAAGGACAUGACGGCCCGCGACGAUACGUACCGUGGUGCCGCUAUCCGUGCCCUCUGCACCAUCACGGAUAACACAACCCUUCAAAGCCUUGAGCGUUUCCUGAAGCAGGCUAUUGUGGACCGCAACCCAUCAGUGUCCAGUGGAGCGCUCGUUUCCUCCCUUCACCUGCUUAACAAGGGCCACGACGUGGUCAAGCGUUGGGUCAACGAAGUGCAGCAAGCGGCCAGCAACAACUCUGCUAUGUCCCAGUAUCACGCACUGGGUCUGCUCUACCAUAUCAAGGCCAAAGAUCGUCUGGCCGUGCAAAAGCUUGUGGCCACGCAGAUCAAAAAGCAUCUCUCGUCGCCCUUUGCUACCUGUCAGUUGAUUCGCUAUUCCCUCAAGGUGAUUGAGGCAGAUCCGGAUGCAAACCACGAUGACCUGCAUGACUUUCUCGAGUCAUGCCUGCGUAACAAGAGCGAGAUGGUGGUGUAUGAGGCAGCUCGCGCCAUUGUGAAUCUGAAGAACGUGACUGCUCGCCAGCUGGCACCGGCUGUGUCAGUCCUGCAGCUCUUCCUCAGCUCGCCCCGCCCAGUCCUGCGCUUCGCCGCCGUGCGCUCCCUGAACAAGGUUUCCAUCAGCCAUCCCAACGCGGUCAAGACCUGUGUCUUGGACAUGGAAAACCUCAUUACCGACUCAAACCGCUCAGUUGCCACUUUGGCCAUCACUACGCUGCUCAAGAUCGGCAACGAGGCAAGCGUUGAUCGUCUCAUGAAGCAAAUCACCUCUUUCAUGAACGAGAUUAGCGACGAGUUUAAGAUUGUCGUGGUUGAGGCCAUUCGCUCCCUCUGUCUCAAGUACCCGCAAAAGUAUCCCGUCAUGAUGAGCUUCCUUGCUGGUGCUCUGCGCGACGAGGGCGGCUAUGAUUAUAAAAAGGCCAUUGUUGCGGCCAUCAGUGGCAUUAUCGAGCACAUUCCCGAGGCCAAGGAGGCCGGUCUGGCUCAGCUCUGCGAGUACAUUGAGGACUGCGAACACUCUGCCCUCUUGACAACCAUCUUGCACAUGCUGGGCGAGCGUGGCCCUUCGACGCCGUCGCCUUCCAAGUACAUCCGCUUCAUCUAUAACCGACUCAUCCUUGAGAGCUCGAUCGUUCGCGCGGCGGCCGUCGAUGCUCUGUCCAAGUUUGGCUCUCACUGCGAGUCUCUUCGCCCCUCUAUCAUUGUGCUCUUGCGACGCUGCCUCAUGGACACGGACGAUGAAGUGCGCGAUCGCGUGACCUUGGCUUUGACGUUGCUCGAGGGCAACGAGGGCGCCGCUUUCAUGAACCAACUGCCGUUGUCGCUCUCCUCCCUGGAGCGUGCACUCAAGGAAUACGUGGCCGAGCCGCGUGAUCAGCCCUUUGACAUUAAUGCCGUUCCUGUCGAGGUGGACACCACGGAGAAAUCAGCCCUUGAUGACAUGUUUGACCCCGAGCAGCGGGCAGAGAACGAGGCGCGUUUGGCCGCAGUGCCGGAGCUUGCGCAGCUCAACCUCGGCCCACUCUUCAAGUCGUCGCCUCCCACCCAACUUACAGAGGCCGAGACCGAAUAUGUGGUCAAGGCGUACAAACACGUUUACCAGUCGCACGUGGUAUUCGAGUUCAACAUUACCAAUACGCUCAAUGAUCAGAUCUUGGAGCAAUGCACCGUAAUUAUGGAGGGUGGCGAACAAGAGAUUGACGAGGAUGAUGUGGUAAUUGUGCCGGCGCCCAAGGUGAUGUACGACAAGCCCGCGAGUGCAUACGUUGCCUUCCCCUUGGAUGCUAGCAUUGCAUCUCAGACCUUUGAGACAACGCUGGACUUUGUGGUCAAGGAUUGUGAUCCCGAGACCGGCGAGGAGGAUCCCGAGGGCUACCCCGACAAGUAUGAGCUGGAGGAGAUUGAGCUCGGCUUUGCCGACUACGUGUCACCUGUCACUCGUCCCAAUUUCGCCCAGGCCUGGCAGGCUCUUGAAGACAAGGGCGGCGAGUCAGAGGACGUUUUUGAGCUCACUAGCAUGACAAACCUGCAAGAGGCCGUGGAUCAGGUGCUCAAGCUCCUGGGUCUCAGCGCGUGCGAGCGCUCCUCAACCGUCAAGGAGGGCAAGAACCGUCACGAACUCUUUAUGGCUGGCAUGUAUGUGGGCGGUCAGGAGGUUUUGGCACGGGCGCGCCUGGCCUUUGAUGAGCAUGUCUCCAUGAAUCUUUGCGUGCGUGCUCCCUCGGAGGAGCUGUCCCAGCUGGUGCUCUCGUGCAUUGAGUAA